AGAUGUAGAUCUUGUCUACCAAUUCGAGCAGCCGGUGUGAGAUGCUCUACAUUUCGCCAUGGCAAGAGCUCCGGUUCCGUGGGGGGUGUUCAGGAAGCCGCUGUACGUGCAGGCCCGAUACCUGCACAUGAAGUACCUGUUCUUCUCAUGGCUCGCUGUGUUUGUGGGCAGCUGGAUCGUUUAUGUUGAGUAUUCGUCCUACACAGAGCUCUGCAGAGGACACGACUGCAAAAAAUAUAUCUGUGACAAAUACAGAAAGGGGGUGAUUGAUGGCUCAGCCUGCAGCAGUUUGUGUGAGAAAGACACUCUGUACCUGGGAAAGUGUUUCACAGCUAAAGCCAACAGCCAGGUGUACUCAGGGAGCUGGGGAGACCUGGAUGCAGUGAUCAAGUGUCAGCUGGACGAUGCCCCUCGAUACGACUUAGGGAACGAGCCGAGGAGAGAGGCCACAUCCUUCGACGCACCUGCCAAAGGCACCUCGGUGGAGCAGUUCAGAGAGAUGAUCUACAACCAUCUCAAGGCCAAAGUUGGGGACCAGGCCAACCUCUCAGACCUGGCGACCCAAGUCCUAUCCAUCGCUGACAGCAACAAGGACGGACACAUCUCUCUCCCUGAAGCUCGCUCCACCUGGGCCCUCCUCCAACUCAAUGAAUUCCUCCUGGCUUUAGUCUUGCAAGACCGCGAGCACACGCCAAAGUUACUGGGCUUCUGCGGAGACCUGUAUGUUACGGAAAAGGUCCCAUACUCCCCGUUAUAUGGUAUAACUUUACCUUGGAUUUUUGAACUCUGGAUUCCCGCAGGCCUACGCAGACGCAUGGAUCAGUGGUUCACUCCAUCUUGGCCGCACAAGGCUAAAAUCUCAAUAGGUUUGCUUGAACUAGUUGAGGAUGUCUUCCAUGGAAAUUUUGGCAGCUUUCUCAUGUGCGAUGUGAGCGCUAGCACUUUUGGUUACAACGAAAGACACGAUUUUAAGUUGAUAGACGCACGCUACAUUGUGCCAGAGAAUAUUUUCCAAGAAAGGAUACGUCAACAAAGGUGUGAUAAUGAUGAAGAUUGUGUUUACGGAAGAGACUGCGUGACUUCUUGUGAUCUAACCAAGCAUAGGUGCACGACAGAUACAGCAAGACCAAAUUUAGCCAAAGCUUGUGCAGCACUUAAAGACUAUAUACUUAGAGGAGUGCCGUCAGAUGUAAAAGAAGAGCUGGAAAAGCAGUUGUACGCCUGUAUUGCUCUCAAAGGGACCACUGAACAAAUGGAGAUUGAGCACUCGCUGAUCCUCAAUAAUCUUAAAACUCUUUUGUGGAAGAAAAUCUCACACACUAAAGACUCUUAAUGAAAUAAUUUGCACAUUUUUGUCUUUUUUCUAGGGUCAGAGACUUGUAACCACUGUG